AUGUCAGGAGGAAGAAAAUUCCAGAGUUUGGGACAACUGAAAGCUCUGCUCCUCAUUGUGCUGCUGAGACGUUCAUUGGCAACAGAGGUGAAUGGAGGAGGAGUAUCUAAGGGAGUGGGAAUGAGUGACAUCCACAUUGCCAUUAAAUCCUCAGAUCUCCACAUCUGUACUGACUUGUCUCAUGUCUACAUCUGCACUGACUCCUGCACUUACUCCUCAGAUAUCCACAUCUUCACUGACUCCUCACACGUCCACAUCUGCACCACAUCUGCACUCACUACUUGGAGGUUCACAUCUACACUGACUCCUCAGAUGUUCACAUCUGCACUGACUCCUCAGAUGUCCAAAUCUGCACUGACACCUUACAUGUCCUUAUCUGCACUGCCUCCUGAAAUGUUUACAUCUACACUGACUCCUCAGAUGUUUACAUCUGCACUGACUCCUCACAUGUCCACACCUGCACUGACUCCUCACAUGUCUACACCUAUGACUCCUCACACAUCCAUAUCUGUACUGACUCUUCACAUGUCCACAUCUGUACUGACUCUUCACAUAUCCAAAUUUGCACUGACUCCUCAGACAUCCACAUCUGUAUUGACUCCUCACACAUCCACAUCUGCACUGACUCCUCACAUGUCCACAUCUGCAGUGAAUAUUCUAAUGGCCACAUCUGCACUGACUUCUCACAUGUCCACACCUGUACUGACUCUUCAGACUUUCACAUCUGCCUUGGUUCCUCACACUUCUAGAUCUGUACUGACUCUUCACACAUCCAAACUUGCACUGACUCCUCAGAUGUUCACAUCUGUACUGACUCCUCACAUGUCCACAUCUGCACUAAUUUCAUCUGAACUGACACCUCAGAUGUCCACAUCUGCCCUGACUUCUCAGUCAUCCACAUCUGCACUGCCUCCUGAAAUGUCCAUGUCUGCACUGACUCCUCAGAUAUCCACAUCUGUGGGAUGA